AUGGAGAGCGCCCGGAGGACACUCAGCUCCCGCAGCAUCUCUCCCACCCUCCUUAACACCUCCACUUCGAGGCUCCAGACCUGGACGUCAGACUUGCAGACCCACAGGCGGAUCCACAUCCCUUCCCUUCUUUCAAGAGACACCCAGCCCUCUGCUGCCCUCCUCCCGCCCCUGCGGCCCGCGCUCGGCGGGUACCGCGCCCUGAAGGUGCUGCACGGUGCAGCGUCGAGCAUCCUCGCCUAGGUCCUUUCUGCUCUCUGUCCCUCUUCCGCUCCCUCCAUCACACCUGCUUGUCCUCUUUGCCUCUGUUUCCCAGAAUCGUCAAGUCCCCAACCCGGCUGGCGCCACAUUAGCAACUCGCGCUUCCCGGUCCCCGUGCGUUCCCACGCGCCCGGUCUCUCCCACGGCCAUGAGCUCCCCCAUCAGCAAGAGCCGCUCCCUGGCCGCCUUCCUACAGCAGCUGCGCUGCCUGGGACAGCCCCCCAGGCCCGUGACAUCGACGGCGUGCGCGCCCCCUCGGCCGCGGAAGGUGCCCCUCUGCCCGCUAAGGGAACGUGGAGAGGCGCAGAACGCUGCCGCCCUGCCCGGCCCUACCAACUGGCCACUGCUGGGCAGCCUGCUGGAAAUUCUCUGGAAAGGGGGGCUCAAGAAACAGCACGACACGCUGGCGGAGUACCACAAAAAGUACGGCCAGAUUUUCCGCAUGAAGUUGGGUUCCUUCGACUCGGUGCACCUGGGCUCGCCGUACCUGCUGGAAGCGCUGUACCGCACCGAGAGCGCGUACCCCCAGCGGCUGGAGAUCAAACCCUGGAAGGCCUAUCGCGACUAUCGCAAGGAGGGCUACGGGCUUCUGAUCCUGGAAGGAGAAGACUGGCAGCGGGUCCGGAGUGCCUUUCAAAAGAAACUCAUGAAACCAGUGGAAAUUAUGAAGCUGGACAACAAAAUCAAUGAGGUCUUGGCUGAUUUUAUGGGUAGAAUAGAUGAGCUCUGUGACGAGAGAGGCCACAUCGAGGACCUUUACAGUGAACUGAACAAAUGGUCAUUUGAAAGCAUCUGCCUGGUACUCUAUGAGAAGAGAUUCGGGCUCCUUCAGAAGAACGCAGGGGAUGAAGCUUUGAACUUCAUCAUGGCCAUCAAAACAAUGAUGAGCACCUUUGGGAGGAUGAUGGUCACCCCGGUUGAGCUGCACAAGAGCCUCAACACCAGGGUCUGGCAGGCCCACACGCUGGCCUGGGACACCAUUUUCCAAUCAGUCAAAUCUUGUGUCAACCACCGGUUAGAAAAAUACAGCGAGCAGCCUGGUACGGAUUUCCUUUGUGACAUUUAUCACCACAAUCGGCUUUCAAAGAAAGAACUGUACGCUGCCGUCACUGAGCUCCAGCUGGCCGCGGUAGAAACGACAGCGAACAGCUUAAUGUGGAUUCUCUACAAUUUAUCCCGUAAUCCCCACGUGCAACAAAAGCUUCUUAAGGAAAUUCAGAGUGUAUUGCCUGAGACUCAGAUGCCACGGGCAGAGGAUUUGAGGAACAUGCCAUAUUUAAAAGCCUGUCUGAAAGAAUCCAUGCGGCUUACCCCAAGUGUGCCAUUUACAACUAGGACUCUUGACAAAGCAACGGUUCUGGGUGAAUAUGCUUUACCCAAAGGAACAGUGUUGAUGCUGAAUACCCAGGUGCUGGGGUCCAAUGAAGAAAAUUUUGAAGAUUCAAGUCAGUUUAGACCCGAACGAUGGCUUCAAGAUAAAAAGAUCAACCCAUUCGCACAUCUCCCGUUUGGCAUCGGGAAAAGAAUGUGCAUCGGUCGCCGGUUAGCCGAGCUCCAGCUCCACUUGGCUCUUUGCUGGAUUGUGCGCAAGUAUGACGUCGUGGCCACGGACAACGAGCCCGUGGACAUGCUGCACUUGGGCAUCCUGGUGCCGAGCCGGGAGCUCCCCAUUGCUUUCUGCCAGCGAUAAGAGGCCUCAGAUUUUUUUCUACCAAGACCUGGAGCAAAGGCUUUGUUCCUCCCAGAAAGGAUGGUGCUUAUGGCUCUUCUGCAUUACUCGGAAGCCAACGUUAAAAGCCAGAGCAUGAAACAGCACCUGAAGAACCCUGAGGCACAGGUGUUUAUAUUCUGUCUCCUGUACAAUUGUUCCAGAAGCAGUACUGUCUGUACAGAUCAUGGUAUUUAUUAAGACUGUAUCUGACUCAGGGAUGCGGAUUAAGUGUUGGAAUACCCAGAAUUUGCAGGGUACACCGCUAGCUUACACGUAACCGAUGUCAGUGCCACCCUGACCUGCACAGAACGGCCUGUGCUCUUGUUUCCUCUUGCAUUUUCCAUGACGUCAUAGGGAGGUUGGGCACUUGUCAGUUAGUCAGGUAAAAGUCUCUGAAUAUUUCUGUCCCUGCCCUACCAAAUUCACUGCUUGAAUUUGUUGUUGUUGUUGUUUUUUCAAUUCACCGCUUGAAUCUUUUGUUCUCAAAUGUAAGUUUCUAUUUAUUCCACAAUGAAAGUCCUACCACAGCUAAAUUGUCUGGAGUUUGCAGUAACAUCAACAAUCCAUUUAGUGUAACUCUGUUUAAUGCAAGUAUUUGGAAAAAUACUUGCAUAAUAAUGGAAGCAAAGCUAAAUGUUGGUGGAAGUUAUCAGGUCCCUGUGACGUUCCACUUUUCCUGUUUUGAAAUAGAAACAUUGUUGGGAAAUGAGAGAAUACCUCUAUUUCAAGAAGUACUUCAAUGAAGUCGAAACCUCUUAUCUAAGAAUACUUUAAUCAUUUACUGUGGCAUCAUUUUGUUAAAGGACCUGAAAGUCUUUGUUUAGUUAAUAUAUUUCCUCUAUGGCAUUAAGAAGUGGACCAACAGUUUUUAAAUUGUAUACUUAUGUGUGUGUAUUCUAACGGCAAUUUGCUUAAGUCGUUUUUUAAAAUACAUAUGGUAUUUGAUUUAGGAUCUUUGGUUUAGGGCAAUGUUCUAAAGUUUAGUCACAGUUUUAAAAUAUUCAGUGACUUUUCGUAUCUUAAUCUAUAAAAUAGGACAGUAGUGAAGUGUGUAUACAUUAUAGGUUAACCAUAUAAGCUGUGUUACGUGACUUGAACUCCUUGGGGAGAUACGAUUGCAUAAGUGGAAAAUGCUAAAGAUUUAUGUAAUACUUAUAAAACUUUCUUUAAAAAUUGUGUUUACAUGUAGUUUAUUUACACACUUUUUUACUACUAUUUUUCCUACGAGCAUACUUUGUAUUCCCGUAUAUUUGAUAGUUCCCUUUUUAGGUUAUAUUUUUAGAAUAUUUCAGAAGUACACAUUUAUAGCUUCAUAUUUGAAUAAAUAUGUACAUAUUGCUAAAAUGAGUAUAUGCUUUC